UGUGCUUUUCUCCUAAAAUGACCGUGAAAAUAAUUUACCCGCGAUCCGGAAGUGUACGUCUGCAGUAGCCUUCGGAAGCGCCAUCUAUUCUAUUUUGCGUAGUCAAAUAAAUGAAGUGAUCCACUGGGAUUUCUUCUCAAAAUUUCAACUUCGCAUCUAUCUCGAAAAUCACCAUGGCUCCUCCCUUGAAUGGAUAUCGAAUUUUAACAAAUCAACAAAAGUCUACUAAUGUCACAUAUCAAGCACACCACGUUUCGAGAGACAAAAGAGGACAGAUCAUGGGCCAAAGAGCUGGUUUUCGAGGCUGCACAAUUUGGUUUACAGGCUUAUCUGGUGCUGGAAAAACUACUAUAUCCUUUGGAGUAGAAGACUACUUAUGCUCCUUUGGUAUUCCUGCAUAUGCCUUAGAUGGUGAUAAUAUCAGGCACGGCUUGAAUAAAAAUCUUGGCUUUAGCCAAGAAGAUAGGGAAGAGAAUAUUCGGAGAGUUGCUGAAGUGGCCAAGCUGUUUGCUGAUAGUGGUGUUGUGGCAUUAUCUAGUUUUAUCAGUCCUUUUACAAAGGACAGAAAUCAGGCUAGAAAAAUCCAUGAAGAUGCCGGAUUGACCUUCUUGGAAUGCUUUGUGGAUACUCCUCUUGAAGUGUGUGAGCAAAGGGAUGUCAAAGGCUUAUACAAAAAAGCUAGAGCAGGAGAAAUUAAAGGUUUCACUGGAAUUGAUUCUUCUUAUGAGAAACCUAGUAAACCUGACAUCCACAUCAAAGCUGGUGAACUCACUCCUCAGGAAUCGGUGCAAAAAGUGAUAAAAUUACUUUUAGACAGGGGUAUUAUUCCCGAAUCGGUUCUUGACAGCAUAAAAGAGCUGUUUGUGCCCAGGAGCCGACUCCAAAGCGCCAUCAGUGAAGCAGAAAGUUUGCCUUCGAUUGAAAUCUCUGAUGUGGAUUUACAGUGGGUGCAAGUUUUAGCAGAAGGAUGGGCAACCCCUCUCAAAGGCUUUAUGAGAGAAAGAGAAUAUCUCCAGUGCCUCCACUUUGGCUGCCUCCUGGAUGGUGGUGUCAUAAAUCAGUCUAUUCCUAUAGUAUUGCCUGUCUCUACUGAAGAUAAGGAACGACUUGAUGAUGUGUCUGCAUUUGCAUUGCGGUACAAUGGUAAUUGCGUAGCCAUUCUCCGUAACCCCGAGUUUUUUGAGCAUAAGAAAGAAGAACGCUGUUGCCGCAAAUUCGGGACAAACAAUACUGGCCAUCCAUACGUGAAAAUGAUUCAUGAGAGUGGUGAUUGGCUAGCAGGUGGCAACCUUGAAGUACUUGAAAGAAUAAAGCAAAAUGAUGGUCUGGAUGAAUACAGACUGACUCCUGAUGAGUUACGAGCCAAGUUUAAGGAAAUGGGUGCUGAUGCUGUGUUUGCUUUCCAACUUCGGAAUCCUGUCCAUAAUGGGCAUGCAUUGCUGAUGAGAGAAACCCGAACACAAUUGUUAGAGCGAGGUUACAAAAAACCUGUCCUGUUGCUACAUCCAUUAGGUGGGUGGACUAAAGAUGAUGAUGUGCCUUUGCAUGUCAGAAUGGCUCAACAUAAGGCAGUUCUUAGUGAGAAAAUUUUGGAUCCAGAGUCUACUGUUUUAGCUAUAUUCCCAUCGCCGAUGAUGUAUGCUGGUCCAACUGAGGUGCAAUGGCAUGCAAAAGCCAGAAUGGCCACUGGAGCUAACUUUUAUAUAGUAGGACGAGAUCCUGCUGGAAUGCCUCACCCUGACACUAAAAAGGAUCUCUAUGAACCGACACAUGGUGCAAAGGUGUUGACGAUGGCUCCUGGUCUGACUCAACUAGAGAUUAUUCCGUUUCGUGUGGCAGCAUAUGACUUGUCAAAAAAGCAAAUGACAUUUUUUGAUCCUAACCGAAAGCAAGAUUUUGAAUUUAUUUCUGGGACCAAAAUGCGCCACCUUGCCCGAAAUAACUUGAAUCCCCCCGAUGGCUUUAUGGCACCAACUGCCUGGAAAGUUCUUUCAGACUAUUAUCGUUCCCUCACAGAUAAAUCAUAAAUGAAUGUCAUUUAUUUCAUUAUUUUCUGUGUUAUGUUUGACUCAUGCAGUGGCUGUUAUGAAAUCAUUAGAAUUAUACAUUCAUAACUGGGGAUAUUUUUAAUUUUUCACUUAUCUGAGGUACUUUCCGCUAUAUUAAAUUCCUAGUGCAAUUGGGCACCAUGAGAACUCAGGUGCAACCAUCUGGGGAGAAACUGGAUUUCAAAAUUCUCUAGUACUAUUGACAUAUACACCUUAAUUGAGGUGUAGGAAAGACUAGAUUCCAUAUUGGAUUUCUCUUUGAACUGGAUUUCCCUUUAGAAAAAAAAAAAACUUGCAGCUUCGAAUUGCCAGUUCAAAUAAGAAUAAAAUAUUGUAAGCAAAGCAGUUAUAUAAUAUUAAAUUCUAAGUAUUUCAUUUUUUUUCUUUUUUGAUCAAAAUUAUAAAGGCAAAUAUUUGAGAGAUAAUACAAAUUUUUAAAGCUAAUGCUUCUUUUUGUAUUAAUGCCUAAUGUAUGUCUCUCUAUGAAAUCACCGAUGCAAAAUUGUCCAUCAAUUAGUUUCACGUUGAUUGAACACAAUUUGUUCCACAGAUUAACAUUCAUUGCAUGAGUCAUUUACUUUAUUUUAUGCAUUUGGGAUUUUAGUCAUAAAUUUCACUUAAUGUUAAUAUACUUUUAACCAUGGUAAAAGUUGUUUUGAAUGUAUAUAGUUAUUUCAUAUUUUUCCCCUGAUGAUUUAUGAAUAAUACUCAAGCAGCAUUUUGCAAUGCUGUUAAUUAUUCUUUAUUACAUUAUACCACUUCUACAUGAUUACUAUUUUUAUAUAGAUAAAAAAAAUGCCUUAAACUUUUAUGCUAGAAAAGACUUGACCUAUUGCUAUUUUGUAUAAAAUUGAUUUUACUAAAAUACCAUAUUUUUGUUUUUUCUAAAACUUUGAGAAAAUGGAAUCUUUUGUAAAAUAACUGCUUAGGUGUUAGAAAGUUUAUUUAUUUUUUAUUGAGAGCAUAUAUAAUUCUAAAAAUAUAUAUAUGAAAAAUACUUUUGCAUGUUUUAUAAAUUUCUCAGAGUAUCCAUUUCCUUUCAAAUGAAAUAGCUUAUAUUUCAAGUUAAAAAAUGUAUUUAACUUUUUCAAAUUGUCAUAAAAGUGAAGAACAGUGAAACUCAAUUAUAACGUCAUCUAAUGGAAUAUUUAUGAAGCUUUUGCCAAGUGACAUUACAGACAAACAUCAUUUCUGUUUAUGGGCAAAUGAAGAGACUGAAACAUUUUGACGUUAUAACAGAGUUGUCGCUGUAAAUGAUAUCCCUAUAACCAAGUUCAACUGUAGUUUACUUUAGAAUUUUACUGCAAAAUGUAGAUAAUUUUAGUGCAAGCUUACAUUUAUCACAGAAUGUGUAAUAAACCACUUUUGGUUGAAGGUAAUAUAGUGCACUUCUAUAAAAUAUUAAAAUAAUAACUUUGUGUAAAUGAUAAUGUGGCAUAUUUUUUUGAAAACAUUGAAUUAAAAAAAAUUUGUAAAUGUGCAAGAUAAAUGAAAAAAAAAAUUAAUAAGUACACAAAAUAUUUUUUUUCCUUUAUUGUUUCAAGUUAGGACAUUUUUAAGGCCUGGGUCUUUAAAAUAAAGAAGAAAAAAGAUGCUACUCUGUGUUAAAGCGCUACUGGCAUUUUUUUCAAUUUAAUCGAUCAAAAUUAAAAGAUAUCUUUUUUUUGUUAGAUGUAGUUUCUUUUUUGUCCUCUUUAGAAAAUGUUUUGGGAUACUACUAACUUGCAAAUACUUUGCGGUUUGAUGUAUUAUCAUUUCUCGUAUUUUGUCUUGUCACUGUAUGGUUAUAGGUGCUCUGUCACUCUUUUAAUUAGAUUGAAAAUUUUACUAGACACUGAACGUCAUUUUUUAUUCAAUAUUUUAUAUUGUUACAUGAAAGAGAACUAAAGUAAAAUUUUGUAACACAAACUUUUUUUCUUUUUUUUUGUGUGUGAUAUAAUUUCAUUUUAUUUAUUCUUAAAAUUGUUAUUUUAUUGAAUGUUCAUGUUAUGUGCAAAAAAAUAUAAAUCACUGAGCUUUGUUAUGGAAUUGUGCUGGCAUAAAUCCAUAUGUUUUAAUCAUAUUUUUUUCUGUAUUUCUGUACAGUAUAUUUAUUUUCUUAAUUGGCUGAUGUUCCAAUGUGGGAAUUGAAUUUAUUUUAUUUAAUAAUUUUCGGUUUUUAAAGUUUUUGCUUUGAUUUCAAAUAUUAUAUAUUUACCCCAAAUCUUGGUUUAAUAAUUUUUGUUGUGUUGAAUUUUUCGUAAUUGAGCCUGAAAGAUGUUGUGUAUCAAUUUGGUAAGUUACGUUUUAGUUUAAACUUUACCCAAUGACACAUGCUUUAACUAAUCAUAAAGUAAUUAUGCAAGCAGGUCUUGAUUUACCCAAAAUAGGGCCAAGUGCUGGACAUAUUUUGGGAACCCCUUUCAUAACUUGAUAUGUGGAAGUCAUAAUAUAUUUCAUCAAUAUAUUUCAAUAAGUAAUAAAUAUUAUUUUAUAAAUAAUAAAAAUUUAAUAAUUACAUUUAUUUAAUUUAUUUACUUUAUUCCAACUGUUAAUUGAAUUUGUGAUGAAGGACAAAGAAAAUUAAAUAGAGAGAAAGAUUUUAUCCAUUAUAAGGCAACCUACAUUUUAAAUGUCCAGGUUUUGUAUGUAAGUAAAGAACCUUGAAUCAAGUCCUGUAUGCGCAUAAAAAGUUUUAAUGCGUCAUCUUUUAUUAAAUAUUUCUUGUUGAAAAGUAAUUCUUGCUGCUUUUUUUUCUUCUUUUUCUUUUAAAGUAUGGUAAUAGUAUUACUGAUGAUAGGUCUUGAAAAAUUUGCUUGUGUUAAUUAUAUGUAAAAUUAUUAUUAUUUAUUUAAUAAAUAUUUUUUUGAAAACACUGUCAAUCAAAAUAAUAUAUUUCUUUGGGAAAAAAGCGUGUGGGGAAGUGCCAGUAGUUGUAAAUAUUAUAAAUAAUCGUUCUGCUAGUAUAUUUGUUUGUAUCUAAUUAAUAAUGUGUGUAAAUAACUAUAUCACUAAUUGAUUAUCAAAGAUUCUUUAUAAUUGUUUAUAUGAAUGUUAAAUUUAAUAUAAUUAAUAAUUAAUAUAUUUUUAUUACAAAUUAUUUAUUGAAGACUAUAUGUGCAAUCAUUUUAGUUUUUUAAAGUUAGGUUCUCUGUUGAAAUUUGUAUGUUUAUGUUUGUUACUCUUUACGCAAUACAUUUCAAAAACAAUUUUGCAUUAAAAUUGUAAAUUAUUUCUUUCUUUUUGUUUCUGGUAGCUGUUCUUUCAUUUGCAUUAAGCAUUCUUCUUUAAAAAGAAAAAAAAAACUUCAUUAAAAGCAAAUUAUUUUAACAAUUUUUUUCCUGUACUUAGCAAGAAUCUUUUUAUUUGGUUAUCAUUGCAGGUAUGAUUGUCUAUUAAUUUUUAUGAAUAAAGAAAUCAGUUUAAUGACAAAUGCUUUAACUAAUCAAAAAGUAAUUAUACAAGCAGGACUUUAUUCACCCAAAAUAGGGCCAAGUAAUGGAUUUAUUUUGGGGCGCCUUUUCUGUGAUAUUUGAAGUUUCAUUAAAAUGAAAUUAUGAGUUAAUUCGUGAAAGAUUGAAAGUUCAUGUCUUCAUUGUCGAUAACCAUUUUGUAUUUUCCUCUUGUUUUCCUGUUAUUUAGUACUCCUUUUUAUUUUUAUUCUUUUUCAACUCUCCACUACGUUUAAUCUUUCGAGUUAUUAAAGGAUACUAGUUUCUCUCCUUCUGUACGUUUUUAGUAGGUGUGAAAUGAAUUAGGUUUGGAGCGAACUAGUCUAAAAAAAGCAUUAAUUACACAGCAAUAUCAUAUCAUAUUAAUGUUUUCCUACAUGAAUAUUGAAUUGAAUUUUUGGACUUUUUUAGAGGAUGUUGAAUUAUUAGAACUACCUUAGCAGCAGCAGAACUUUGAAAUUAAUAUGGAGUUUUUUUCUUAAUUUUAGAGACAUUAGGCAAAUGUCUAGGAAAUUUUUGAAUAUUAAGAAGAAAUCGAUGAAUUUGUUCAAUUUUCUAUAUAUUCAAAUGAAGUCAUGUAGAUAUUCAAAUUUUUAUGUCAACAAAUAUUUCCAGCCUUAAAAUUAUUAUUGGGAAAUAGAAGUUGUGUUUUACAUUUAAUUUUACAGCAUCUAAGCUCCAAUUUCUUUCUCAUUGCAUCUAUUGCAUCAUUUGAUUUUUUUUUUUUUUUUUUUUUGCAACUAAGAUUGUUAAAUGUGCUUAAAAAUAUUUAUUUUUAAAAUGAAUGGUCUUUUUAUAUUUACUUUGAAUGGAGAAUGUUAAGAAAUUUAAAAAGGGGGGGGGGGAAAUAGAGAAUACUGAAUUAGGUAAAAUUACAGAAAUAAAUUUUAGAUUCAAAAUGUCAAUACCAAUUUUUAUGGAUUAUGAUCUAUGUAUAAAUUUGGUCCGACAAAAUAUGCAUAUGCAGAAAAUUGAGGGAAAAAUUAAAAAAAAAUUCUUAUAUAAAAAAAGAAAGUAGUUCACCACAUGCUGUUAAUUUCUUCGCAUUAAUGCAUUAAUGAGUUUGCAAAAUCUGCAAUAUUAAUUGCUUGAAAAAUUUUGCCUGAAUAUUUUAUAGCAAAAAGCAAGCUUUUGAUGUACAUAUAAUUCGCUUAGGUAUUUCAAGUUCAAAUCUGAAUAGUUAAGGCUUUAUUUUUUUCGUGCUUUCGUCUCAAAUGAAAAUUUUAUUCUAUUUUUUUAUUUUGUUAUGUACGUCUAUGUUACUUAUUACUGAAAUUUGCAAAUUUUUUUUUUGUUAUUUUUAUGUUUUAUUCUUGCUAGAGUCACCAGAAUUUAAAAAAGUGUGAAAAAUGAUGAUGAAAUUUAAUUUAUUUAAAUCAAAAUCUAUUUUAAUAUCCCUUUGACAUCAUAUUUUUUUUUUCAUAUCUGGAAAUUUUCUGAGAUUUUUAACACACACUUACUUACUUAAACACUUUGAAAUGCUUUUACUAAUAAACUAAUAUUUACUUUUUCCUUUCUCAUAAAUAUUCAUUCAUUAGAAUUUAUUUGCUACAAACAGGGCCUACUGAAAUUUAGUGCUAAAAAUUACAUUCAAGAAUCCCACAUAUUAUUUACAUUGUUUCUAAAAUUAAACCGUUUAGCACUUAUCUUAUGCUAUAAGAAUAAGAAAAAAAACGUGAAAUAUCGUAUUUUUAAUAAAUUUUGGUCAAUAAAUGCUUUUUUAAUAACAUUGUCUUUCUUCUUAUUACAUAUAAAAAGAUUCUUGCUAACUGUUUAUAUUUUCAAAAUUUUAUUUAUAAUCAGAAAUUGAUUAAUUUUAAUGGCACUGUUUUCUUCUUCCUCUUUCUUUUUUUUUUUUUUUUUUUUGUAUCAAAUACAUUCCUGCCCAUUUUUAAUCCAUCAACUGAAAUCUUUGUUUUGUUAAGGAAUUUUCUUGAUUUGUGUAAAAAAUUGUUCACAUGUAUUAAUUUUAGAACUUUUUUUUUUUUUGGCUAUAUUGGUUAUCAUUAAAUAAGUGUUGACUUUUGCAUAAAUUUUACCAGUGCACUGUUAAAUGUUCACAAAAUGUUUUUGUUGUAUUAGAGAAUAUUAUAUAAUA